AUGCUCACUAAGAUAUUUGGCGACGCCGGUGUGUCCUUUGGCGGCAAGAGUGUUAUCUUGUCAGGAGACUUUGCUCAGCUCCCACCGCCUGGUAGGGGCCAAUAUCCCCUGUACUCAGAUAGCGUUGGCACUAUGACAUCGGGCGUGAAACCAUACCAAGCUACUUCUAUUAUGGGAAAGGCAUUGUGGCAGCAAUUCACCACAGUUGUGAUCCUCCGUCAAAAUAUGCGACAGCGAGGCAUUUCCGAAGAAGAUCAACAAUUCCGGUCCGCGCUGGAGAACAUGCGGUAUCGUGCAUGCACACCACAAGACAUUGCUGUUCUGGAAAGUCGGAUUGCUGGUUCCUCGUGUUUGGCACCUAGCUUGCUGGAUGCUAACUUUCGAGAGAUAUCCAUCAUUACUUCUUAUAACCUUGACCGAGAUGCCAUGAAUGAAGAAGGAGCGGAAAGGUUUGCUCGUGAACAUCACCGCGUAUUACAUCAUUUCCAUUCCAUAGAUCAGUGGCCCUCUGCCUCUAGUGAGUCGACUUCACUGCGUCAAUCGCAAUGGGAUCAUUCCAUCCUACAGCCAGAUAACGCCACCGCCAUUGCCGACGCUACUCAGCAGUUCUUGUGGACAUUACCUCCGCAUUGCACGUCUAACCAUGCUGGAAUUUUACCGCUCUGUAUCGGCAUGCCGGUUUUAUUAAAGGUUAAUGAAGCAACCGAGCUGUGUGCAACUAAUGGAGCAGAGGCUACGGUUGUUGGUUGGACAUCACACACAAGGAGUGGCCGCCAUGUGCUUGAUGUUUUGUUUGUUCUUUUGAAGGCACCCGCUCGCCCUGUUAACCUACCAUCGCUUCCACCAAAUGUAAUUCCCUUGACCCGCCGUAGAGUCAGACUUGCUUGGACAAGUGGCAAGUCGGGCCGCUCCAUCAAGUGGGAUAGAGAACAGAUUUCCGUUCUGCUGAAUUUCGCUAUGACAGACUUUGGCUCUCAGGGCAGAACACGACCAUUCAACCCCUGUCAUCUGAUGAACUGUCGUACACACCAAUCUAUAUACACUUGCUUGUCUAGGAGCUCUUCCCUACAAGGUACUUUAAUCAUAGGCUCCCUCGAUCAUUCAAAGAUUACUGGAGGACGUAUUGGGCCACUCAGGCGCAAAUUCCGCGAGCUGGAGAUACUAAGGCUGGCCUUAUCAAACAGUGGCAGGAGUGGAAGGGAGCCCACUAUGUUCCGGCUGGCGUUCAUGCGGCUAUAA